UUCUCAGGAUUAUCAUGGGCAGCUUGCCGGACGUCUCAGAGCUGAGGACUCGGCUGGAGAACACGCUGAUCUCUUACCACCAUCUGGAGGAGAAGGAGUGGAAAGUGGCAAAGAAGUCGAAAGACGUCACGGUUUGGAGGAAACCUUCAGCAGAGUUCAGCGGCUUCCUGUAUAAAGUGGAGGGUUUGGUGAUGGAGAAGCCGUGCAGGAUCGUGGACUACAUCAGACCCGGACCGUAUCGCCUGCACUGGGACAGUCUGAUGACCACCAUGGACAUCGUACAGACGCUAGACAAGGCGUGCUGUGUGAUGCGCUACACCACUGCAGGACAGCUGUGGAACAUCAUCGCUCCUCGAGAGUUUGUGGAUUUCUCCUACACCACUGAGUAUCAGAGCGGCCUGCUGUCCUGUGGUGUGAGUGUGGAGUAUGAGCAGCAGGACGAGAGCUGUGUGAGAGGUUACAAUCACCCGUGCGGUUGGUUCUGCGUUCCUGUUGACGGCGGUGAGGUCGAUGGCGCCCCCUGCAGUCUGCUCAACGGGUACAUACAGACCGACCUGAGGGGCAAAAUCCCACAGUCUGCUGUGGAUGUCGCCAUGGCAACCUCACUCAUCAACUUCUACACUGACCUCAGAAAAGCGCUCGCAACCUAAGACGCUAGACCUGUCUCACACACACACACACACACUUUGUCUCUCUGUAUAUCUCUGUCUGUCUGUCUCUCUCACAAUCUUUAUCUGUCUGUCUGUCUGUCUCCAUCUUCAUCUCCCUCUCUCUCUCUCUAACUCCCUAUCUGUCUAUCUCUCUCUGUCUCUCUGUCUCUCUCUUAUACACUCACACAUUCCAUACGCAUAAUUUACUUGAUAUAUACAGCACUAUAUUUUUGUUAAAAAAUAAAUUGAGCCAGGUCACACACCUCGAUGUCCAGGUCGUCCUCACGUCUAGGUGCUCGAUCAGGAAGCUGAGCUGAACGCCUGAGAACAUUUCACAC